GACAUGCCUGUAAACACGCCCCGCUACACUUUUUAUUUAACCCCCGGCUGCUCCAGUUUAUUUGUUGAUGGGUUUACCGCACUUGACAACUCGUUCAAUUACGUCGUCCGCACACAUGAUUGCGAAGGGGCGGUUUUAUCCCAGGAAGCAAAACACAGUUAACAGGGUGUCGUGAAUGUGGGCUCGAGGCACUUUCCCGUGCGCACUUUGCGCUUUCUCCUACAAAAACAACAAAAACAAGAGAGAGAAACAUUGAGUGCAGCUUCAGGGUUGAAACCACGCUGUGACGGCUGAUGUAGUUCAGGUGGGUGUGUCCCUGAACGCAGCAGACUGCCCCUUGCCUCAGACUGCUUGGCACGACACCAGAUUUACACAAAUCAAGUUUCCAGCAGCUUCAGGAGGGUCAGUUGUGAGUUAUUCAACAGAAAUGUCUCACAUUCUUCUUCUUCUUCUUCUGACUUUUGAGACUGCGGCAUUAGAAGGUCACACAGAGAUAAAAGUGAGGUCUGGACAAGAUGUCACUCUUCACUGUCAGGAUCCCAGUGGUGUAAAUAUCACCCUGUUAGAGUGGAGCAUACCUGAGAUUAAGAGAGACGGAUACGUCUUCUUCUACCGAAACGGGCGCACAUCCGAAAACUACCAGCAUGUGCGUUUUAAAGGCCGAGUGGAGCUGACAGACCCGUCUAUGAAAAACGGAGAUGUUUCUGUGACUCUGAAGAAUGUCAACAUCAACGAUACAGGAAUAUAUGAGUGUCGGAUUAGAACCAGUGAUCUCAGCAGCGGUCAGAGAGUCCAGAGUGAGUCUAGGAAGUCCAUCAACCUCACAGUCAUAGACUCUGGAGAUCCGACUGUAGAACACAAGGACACGCAUGUUUUAAUUAUCAUUAUUGUUGCAGUUGUAAGUUGUCUUAUUGUUGGUGUUUGUGUUGCUGUAUUUUUUCACAGAAAACUGCAAUCAUCAACACACAGCAACUCUUAUGAACAUCCAUCUGAAAUGUUAAACAGUUGAUCUGAAAUGUUUGAGACGACGUGUGAAGCAUUGUUAUUUAGCGAGCAGACAGCAUAAACAAAGCUUCUGUUGACGGCACUCAUCUCACAGCAACAAGGGUUCGAUGCACCGCUCCUCUGAUCUCGAGUCACAUUCGGGAGUCAUGUUCACCCAACAACCAUUAAAAGUAACAUUACAUCAGUACUGUGGCUGCAACAAGCUUUUUAUAGACUUUAAAUCUGUUUAUUUUUCUUCUCCUUUAUUCUUUUAAGCUGUAACUUUAUUCUGUGCAGUUUUCUGCAAAGCUUGAUUUUACUGUGAGAACAGACAGCAGGUGGGUGUAGUGGAGCUUUUAGCAGGUAGAGAGGUGGAGGAGACGAGUAGAUCAGUUUAUGUAAGCUCUGAUUAGACGGGGCAUUAAAAUGGGGCCACAGUAGCAUGGUUAGCAAGUUCUCUCAGUUAGUUAAGCACUUUAUUAACUUUAAGUUUUUAUGUUACACUUUUAAACACUUUAUUUUAUGUAUUUCUGUUUGUGGCAACUGCAGCCAAUCAGCCACCCUCCUGCUUUCUGUCCAUCGCCCCCACUAGAUAAAAAUAAUGAAUCAAUGUAAUCUAAUAUGUGAUUCUAAUUUUAAAUAAUAUUUAUUUAAAAAAACAUACAAACCAUUAUCAUAAUGGUUUUAUUGCGUUAUUAUAUGAGUUGUGGAAAGUUCUGAGUUGGAUCUGUAAAUAUCAGAAACCUUAUCAGUGAUUCAAAUUCAGCUGAUCUCAUGUUCAGAUCACCACCUCAGGCACUGCUGUUUUUAGACUUCUGUCAUGACGUCUUGUUCUUGUUCGUCUGUGCAAAAUACACAGUUGAUCUUUCAGUGUUUUACAUUUUCAGGAGUUGACAUGAACAUUAUUCUGGUGAAUAGAGAGAAUUUUCAAUCUGAAGACUUUUUAACACAAUCUGCGUCCGUAGGCGCUUCCACUACAGUUCAGCUCGUUUCCUGUUCUGAUGCCUCAGGAUCUCACCCUUUCUCCUGAUCUUCAUCCUCGCCUGUUGUGCUGCCUUCAGGCAUUGAAACUCUUCAGAAAACUGCUCAGUCGUGAAGUUUAGGUUGGUUUUAAAUCUAAUUUGUUUGUCAUUUGUACGUUUGAGGUGUGUGGUGAGGCUGCAGAGCGCUCUGUGGCAGAAGUCAUUGGGACUUCCUCUGAGAUCUAAAAGCAGCAGCUGCUCUGAAAACAUUCCAGAGGUUUCUGAUUUUUAUCGAUCCGUUCUCAGAACUUUUCAGAAUUUAUGUCUUUGACUAGUGUACUCAGUGUUAAUGUUUCACUUGUUUUUUGUUUUGUUACCCACGACUGAUCACACCACUGUCAGUAUAAAUGUUGUGGAUCCAAUCUGACUGUGACAGAGUGAUGAGUUCAUUGUAAAUAUCCACUGUCAAAAAAAAGAGAAUAAAAAGGAUAUUUGAAGAUCAAAAGGGGACAGUGCAAUGAGCAAAAUGAAAGUGGAAGAAGACGGAUGGAUGUUCAAAACUAAAACCUGAAUAAAUGAAAGUGAGCAGGACAAGAGGUCAUAUCAGGAAUUUGAAGGAAGAA